UCGGCUAGUCGUGUCUACCCCGCGCUCUAAGUGUUGUUUUCACGGAGGCAAGAUGGCUGCGGCGGUGGCCGGGGCUGCCUUACUGGGCAAGGGGCUGGACAUCAGCCUGGCGGCACUGCAGCGGCACGACCCCUACAUCUGCAGCAUCGUAGAUGUGGCCAGCCAGGUGGCGCUCUACACUUUCGGGCACCGAGCCAAUGAGUGGGAAAAGACUGAUGUGGAAGGAACACUGUUUGUUUACACAAGAUCAGCUUCACCGAAGUAUGGAUUCACUAUUAUGAAUAGGCUGAGUAUGGAAAAUCGGACAGAACCCAUAACUAAAGAUCUGGAUUUCCAGUUACAGGACCCUUUUCUGCUUUACAGAAAUGCCAGAUUGUCCAUUUAUGGAAUAUGGUUUUAUGAUAAGGAAGAAUGCCAAAGAAUUGCAGAGCUCAUGAAAAAUUUAACUCAGCAAGAACAACUGAAAGCACAGCAGGGGGCUGGCACAGGAAUUUCCCCAGAAAGCCUGAAUUUGGGUGACAGCAAAGAAGUGGAUAUCCUACGGAUGCUCAACAAAGCCAAAGAUGAAUAUACCAAGUGUAAAAUGUGCUCAGAGCCAAAACAGAUAACCAGUUCUUCUGCUAUAUAUGACAACCCCAACUUGAUCAAACCAAUCCCAGUGAAGCCUAGCGAAACUCAGCACCAGUGUAUUCCUCAACAAGUCCAGAACAUAGACCCUGAACCACAGCACUUAUCUCUCACAACGCUCUUUGGAAAGCAGGAAAAGUCUAACAUAUACCAAGAUACCUCAGAGCAGUCACAAAAACUUCACCAAGAAAACUUUCCUCUGAGGCACGGAGUUGUGCGUUCUCUGUCCUAUGAGGAACCUGGAAGACACUCGCCCACAGCAGAGAAGCAGCUUUGCCCGGCCAUUCAGAAACUGAUGGUGCGUGGAGCAGAGCUUCAUCCAGUCUCCGAACUCCCUGAGAACCGGAUGUGUGAGAAUGGCAGCGUCCCUUCGGUAGGGGAGGUUUUCACAGGACUCUUCCAGCCUGUGGCUUCUCAUAGCAUUCGGACAUCUCAUCCAGUCCAAGAUACCGCCAGCACACGUAGCCUGCUGCAACAACUCCAAAGCCAGUCAGGACAAAUGACAAAAAUGGAGCCCAGCAAUGUAGGACCAGCGAGUUCUGCUGCAUCAGUCUUCAGCAGGGCUCCUGCUGUCUCCUCAGGAGCCCAGGUAAAGAAUGUGACACAGCCUCAUCUCAUGUAUUUCAAUGGCUCUCUCCCAGGUCAGACAUUGGGGCCUCCAGCCCUUGGUAAAGAACAAUCCAAACUUCCUGGACAGUCCCUUCCUCUCUCUGGGAACCAGUCUGGAAAUUCUGGAGUAAUUUCACCACAAGAGUUAUUAAAGAAACUUCAGAUAGUGCAACAGGAGCAGCAGUUGCAUGUAUCCAGUCGGCCAACCUUGGCAGCCAAGUUUCCCGUGGUUACUCAGAGCAGCAGCACUCUAAAACCUCUGGAUUCCUGGAUGGACAAAGCUUCAAACACAGAAAAGCAGCCCCCUCUUUUUCAGGUCAUCUCACCGCAGCGAAUUCCUGCUACUGUAGCUCCUUCACUACUGAUGUCCCCAAUGGUGUUCAGUCAGUCUGCCCCAGCACCGCCAAAGCCAAGUGAAGGUGGAUGGCUGCCUGUCGUGAACCAAGAAGCUGUUUCUAGUUCCACUAACAACCUGUCUGUGCAGAACCCAGAAGCAGCUGUUGCAAACAACAGCUCACUGACAAAGCUACAACUACAGGAAACGUUACUACAUCUGAUCCAGAAUGAUGACAACUUCCUAAACAUCAUCUAUGACGCGUACCUUGUCAGCGUGAGAAAAGCAGCACUGAAAAAACCCAUGUGAAACUUAGUUUUUUUAAAAUUAAAAUGUCUCUCAUAUCCUGAACUUGACUUUUUAAAAUAACCGUCAAACAAAACAAGGGGUCUUGGGCUUUCUGCAUAGCUUUAAAUGAUGCUCGCUGGCAAGUCUGUGCUCUGCUGAAGAAUGAGUGGGUGGGAACGGAUAGUGCCUUCCAGAGGGUAGGGUGAUGUCACAGUAUGACAACAGACUUAAGAUACCUUUAUAGUGUUUUUCUUAUGUAGGCUGGAUACCAGCAUGUAUAAAGAUUUAUAUUUUCUCUUCAAUAAUA